ACAUAUAUAGUCUCAUAAAUGGAACCUUUGGAGACAACAGGUAGUCAGUUGGGUCUGUAGAUAACAGAAUGGGCCACUGGGUGUAUUUAGCUGUGACGCGGCCGUUUUACAAGUAUGGCUUUAACAGCCUCGAUUCAUUUUUAGGGCUUGCCAUAGGUUGCAGCCAAGUGCCCUGCAAGGCCUGUUUAGCAACAGUAGAGCUUAAACCUUUGCUCCCGGGAGCUUGCAAUCUGUUGCCCGCUGGUGAGCAUUCCUGCUAGAAGCUGCCUCUGAAGGGUGCCUGGGUCUCCACGUUGGGAGCAGAGUUUUCUGCACAGCCCUGGACUCUGUCUGUUAUCACUAUGUGUGUGAUUUGUGUCAACAACUGAGCCUCCUCGUCACUGCAAGAAAGUCUCAGGCGUGAGCAGGCAGCACCCAGGGAUUAUGGGGAGAUAGGAGGCUGUCAGCUUUGUGGGUACAACAUCUGAAACACCUCCAGGACAUGCUGAUCCAUGGAGACGGCACCGGGCACCUCUAGAAACGGGGACUCAGGGAUUUAUUCCUUCUACACCCACCUAUUGUUGGAAAUAUGAAAAGAGGCACAGAGAUUUAGCUGCCUGGGGGGCUUUUUAAUCUUCAUUAGCGGCAUCUUGGCAGCUCAGGGCACCCCAUGUUUCUGGGGGAGGAACGCAGGCUCCAGCGCCCGGCUGGAAGGCAAAAAAAACGUCGUUUCUGUUGGAGGCAAGUCCUGGAAGAGUUAUUUUGCUGCAUGCAGGGACAGAAGUCCAGGGAGAGGGGUCCCGGGGAGAAGAGAGCCUGCGAGCUGCUCAUUGAGAACAAGGAAUAUGGUGAAGAUGGAAUGAGCUCAAAGCCCAAAGACAGCGUCAGGAAUGAGGAGAGCUUGGGUGAAGGGGAUGACAUGGAUUUGGAGGCCCUCGAGAGCAGUCACAGCUCUGCCCCAGACAAUCUGUAUGAGAGAGAAAGCCGUACAAGCCGAUGCCCUUCUGCCAAACAAGGACACCCUGAGAAAGCAGAAAUGCUGUCCCCCGAUUUGAAGAGGUCACAGCCGUUGCUCAUUCAAAGCCAUAAGUGGGGGAGAUUACGAGAUGAGGAAUCCCGAUCGGCAUCUCUCCCUGACAUCCCAAAUCCAUUCCCGGAGCUCUGUAAUUCUUCCCCCAUCUUAAAUAACACCCCAAGUGGUCGCUCCCCAAAGGAAGGGGGACCUCAUGUAGUGAAGGUGUACAGCGAAGAUGGCACAUGCCGAUCCUUAGAAGUGACAGCUGGGGCUACGGCAAGACAUGUGUGUGACAUGUUGGUGGAGAGGGUGCACUGUCUGAGUGAUGAGAGUUGGUCUCUAAUGGAGCUGCAUCCCCAUUUGGGGCUCGAACGCUGCCUUGAAGACCACGAGUCAGCGGUAGAAGUCCAGGCCAUGUGGCCAGUGGGAGGAGACAGCAACUUCAUCUUCCGCAAAAAUUUUGCCAAGUACGAACUGUUCCGUGGUUCCCCUUAUGCUUUAUUUCCCGAAGACAUGGUCGGUGGGAACCUUGCAGCCCAGAAAGGCCUCACGCACUCGGAGCUCGUCCAGAACUUCCUGAAUUCGGGCAGCUGGCCAGAGAUCCAGGGUUACUUGCAUAUGAAGGAAAGCAGCCGCAAGGUCUGGAAGCGGUUUUUCUUCUUUCUGCGGCGGUCAGGUCUAUAUUACUCUACAAAAGGAACCUCCAAGGACCCCAGGCAUUUGCAGUAUUUUGCUGAUGUGAAUGAAUCCAACAUUUAUUGCCUGACCCAGGGCAAGAAGAUGUAUAGCACCCCCACCGAGUUUGGCUUCUGUUUAAAGCCUCUAAAGAUGCGCAGUGGCACAAAAGGGCUGAAAAUUCUGUGCACAGAAGAUGAGCAGGCGCGGACCUGCUGGCUCACUGCAAUACGUCUAUUUAAGUAUGGAGCCCAGCUGUACAAGAAUUACCAGAUAUCUAAGCGUAACCCUCAGUCAUGGGGUGACCCAACAAAACAGCGCAGCGCCUCCGAUAGCACAUUGGUCCCCAUGGACUUCUCAGGCUGCACCGGGAGAGUCAUAGAGAACCCCCUGGAAGCACUGUCUGUGGCUUUGGAAGAGGCUCAGUCCUGGAGGAAGAAAACAACUCACCGUUACAGUCUGCCCACGCCAUGUCAGGCCACCCCACCCAACAGUGCAGGAAUUCACAAAGCUCAACCCUGGUACCAUGGGCGCCUGUCCAGAGACGAGACUCAGCGGCUAAUAAUGCAGCAAGGGAUGGUGGAUGGAGUUUUCCUGGUACGGGAAAGUACGAGAAAUGCCAAAGGCUUUGUCUUGUCUUUGUGCCACUUGCAGAAGAUCAAACACUACCUAAUCUUACCGUGUGAGGAAGAAGGGAGGCCUUACUAUUCAAUGGACGACGGAGAGACCAAAUUCAUUGAUCUUAUCCAACUGGUUGAGUUCCAUCAGAUCAACAGAGGAAUUCUUCCUUGCACUCUUAAGCACUACUGUACCAACGUGGCACUGUGACAGGGGCCUUGGCUGGAGUCUCUGAAGAAGACAACUGGGUUUGGGAUGAUUGUUCUGAGAUACAACAGAAUAUUGUGGAUGGUUUGGUCCAACGGCUGGUAGUAACUGUAUGCCCAGCAUAAGAACUCAAACGCUUCCUAUGAGUGAUACCUACACAAGGACUGAUGUAUAAGAAGAAACCCAAUAAGCUAAAUUUUUUUAAUUCUAUGCUGGUGCAAAUACUUCAGAUGACUGUCAUGUCAGCCAAUGAGACAAUUUGAUUCCAAAGAAAGACUCACUUCCCCUUUACUAUGGAGGCCCACUAACAGAUGGGCAAAUGGAAAAGCCAUGGUAAGUGGUGCAGCCGUUGCUGAGAGCACUGUACUGUAAAUAUCAACAUGGCCUGUUGAUGGUCAGAUAUUUUAUACGGUAAAUCGUAACUUUAUAUAUAUUUUUUGACAUCUAUUUUUGCUUAUUUUUGUACAAAACCCUCUAACCUCAAUCUGCUUAUAAAGAGAACAUUUUAUUUAUAUCUACCCAGACGUGACAUAAUAAAAAGAGAAAAAAACGGCA